AGCUGCAAACGUUGUUCGGGUAUGCGAAGACUAUAUAAUUAGAAUUGGCAUUCUGGCAAGUGUCUUUUAGGUUACGCUAUUGUUGGAAUAUGUUAGGGUGAUAUAUGAUUUAAACAAUUGCUUUUAUCCAGGUUUUGAAUGAACCUAAUUAGACCUAUUAUUUCGAUAUUUUCAUAUCCGACCGUUUAGGCCCCGCAUUGAACAAUGAAAUAUUUUCUACAAUUUGCAAUGGUCUUGUUGGCCUGCAUGAAAGAUUUCACCUUGGCUGGGGAAGUGGUUUUGACAUGUCCCGAUCCCGACUCAUUUGGUAGAAAUUGCAUUACAUUCUCAAACCAGUGUGAGAAUAAUGAUGGCUGCUCAGGUGGUAAAAUAUGCUGUCUUGUAGCAGGAUGUGGAUUAGACUGUGUUGACCCCAUUAUGGUCGAUCUGUGUCCGGCAGCUGACAUUGUUGGACCUCCGUGCAACGGAGAUGAAACUAAUGAAUGCACCGAUACACCAACUAAUACUGGAACAAGCAAGAUCUGUUGUUAUUCUGGUUGCUCCCGUGUCAUCGCUGACGAUCCGAGAUGCGAAGCCGUUUUCCCGCCAGGAAGUAUUGGUACAUGUGCAUCAGAAUGUGGCGUUGGAAAAGCUUGUCCAAUGGAAGAAAUAUGUUGUUCAAAUGGAUGCGGAACUCAAUGCGUGCAGACUACUGAUUGUCCAGGAGGGAUACCUAUUUUUUGCGUCAUUAACGCUUGUGACGUUACCACCUGUGCGACACACACCGGAGCUGAAUGUCGGAGUACUUGCAACGGAUGCGUUGCAAAUUUCUUCGAUAAGUUUGAUAACGAAAUUGCUGAUGGAUGUGAAUGUCCUUUUCCCAUAUCUACUGAAAUGUGUUCUUGUGACGGUAAAACUUGUCCCAACUUUCCGGAUGCAGAAUGUAGAAAAAAUAUAUGUGGAGAAUGUAGCACUGACUUCUUUGACAAACUUGGAAAAAAAAUUGAGAAUUGCGAAGGUCCAAUUCUAGACCCAGAGUGCCCAGAAGUUGACGACGAUGCAGGAAUCUGUAUCGAAGAAUGCCAAUCAAAUGAUGACUGUGAGAAAAAGGAAAUAUGCUGCUCAAAUGGAUGUGGAACAGUUUGUAAGGAUGCUCCGAAGAAAGGCCUAUCAGAUCUGCUCAAAAUUAUACUUAUCUCAAACUUAUUCCGCCCUCAAAGUAGUUGUCCGCAAAUAUGCAUUCCAUGUUCAAGAGCAAGUUGUCCGGGCAAUCUUCUUACCCAAUGCAGAGGAUACUGUAAUGGAUGCUUACCCCGCUUCUUUAAUUCGAGAAAUCACGAUGUAACCUCAACUUGCUCAUGUCCACGUGGAUUACCAGGAUACGGUUACUGUAGUACAAAUCCUUGUCUCGGAGUGACUUGCUACAACUAUCCAUACGCCGAAUGCAGAGUCAGUAGUUGCGGAGGUUGCCACGCAGAAUUUUUCGAUUCAAGAGGAAGACGAAUUUAUUGCACACAAACGGCCUAUAGAACGCAGAUAUAUUGAUAAAUUCCUUUGAUCGGCCAAUUAAAAUUCCAUCAACUGUUAUUGGUAUUGGUCGUGUUGUACAUUCAAUGAUCGGUUUGAAAACAAGCAUUUCAUUUUAAGUAUGACAACAAACUGUCGAAUGCGUCUUGCAUGAUGUACAUUAAUAUUAAACAGUCAUUUUAUAGUGACGAUAUUGAGUUGUUAAUACAUUGUACAGUCUAAUUUCACUAUACCGUUGCGCCACCCAGUGACUUUGUAUUUCAUGGUGUCAUAAUGGUAACAGUAUUCAUUUAUCGAUAAAUAAAUAGAAGCGGUUUCCGCUGCUUUCUUGUGCAAGUUUAA